AACUUCUGGUUAUGCAACCAGGAAAGGCAAAUGUCUUGAACUGAUUUUUAUUAUUUCUCAAAUAUCUGAAAGUUACUUUAAAUCUAAGCAUUACAGCUUUAUUUAUAAGCAUACAAUCCCUUGAGAAUAAGAUCUUAACUUUAAAUCCUAAUAGAAAAAAACUUGACUAUUCGACACAAAAUUCAACUUAAUUGAAAUAUAAAAAUAACCCUAAUUUGAAAAUUUACACUACUUUGAAUAAUCAUGUGCCACAAUAACAUGAAUGGUAACUUUUGAACAUGCUGAAAUUCCUAGUUUAGCUCUUGCAUCGUGAAGUGUGCUAUUUAUUCAAUACUUGAUAAUGCCUGGUUGGGGUCAAUCCUCUACAUAUUUUCUGUAGCAAAAUGUUGGCAUUUUGUAGCAUUAGUUGUUUUGGUUCUGCUGUUGAAUUUUAAAUUUUAAAUUUUCAGUCACAAAAAGAAGUAAAAUACUUGGCAUUCUUUGAGCAGUUUGUUUUUUGUGACUAGAAGCAAUUUUGACUGAAGAAUUUGGUCAAAUGUGCAUUUUUUUUAAAAGAUAUGCUUUCAAGGCUGAAGGUUCCAUUAGGCAAUUACGGUUAUGAUUUGUAAUUUGUUCAUAAAUUGAGGUGAAAUUCUUUUAGUUUUUCAGAAAAGCUCUUACGAAGUUUAGUCCCAAAAUAGGUUGGAAUGGACCCAUUUAGCAAACUGUGAGACUAAUCGUCAGUUCGAUUGAGUAAUAACAUGUUUAUGUCCUAGCUCUUUCAUUUCACAUGUAAUACAUGUGUACUCCAUUAGGAAAACUCUUGCAAGCAAUAAUAAGAUUAUCAUUAAUAUUGGCCUCUUCCAGUUAUUUGUUUCUUACUAAUUGGAUGUCCCCUCAUGGAACGUAGAAUAUUGCAAAGUAAUCUUGGAUUUUUACCUAAAUUUUCAGGUUUUCUUUCAAAAUACAAUGUAAAGUUCAGAUCCUUGUUUUUCUUUCUUAGAGAGGCUUUUCUAUAAGGAUAUUUUUCACCUAUUCUCCAUAGGAUUCUGUAUGUGGCUAUUGCUGUUGUAUUAUUAUAAAAAUUACUUCCUAAUAUUUAUCCUAUAGUUUGUUUUAUUUAUUUAUUCAUUCAUAUAGAUCAUUUCAAUAUUGUACUAAGCUAGAGGGAGAGAGGUGUUGAUAUCACCCAUUAUAUAGCAUGAGAAAUAGAAUAUACCGUGCAAAAAGACAACUGAAAGUAUCGGCUUAGUCAGAGAGAACUGGCAGGCAGAAAAGAAUCCAAGCUUGAAAAGUGUGGGGGAAAGAGAAAGAGUUGGAAGUUUGUUUUGCUGCAUGUGCCUUCUAAAUAAAUAAUAUCAGACCAUCAAAACUAUUUUUUUGACUCAUGGAGUUCAUAUCAGGUCUUGGUGUUUUACGUCUAACAAACUGGGCCUGAAUCACAGGUGGAUCAACUAGAUUGAUUUAAAGACAUUCUUUCUUCUUGUGACCUAGUCCUUGCCAUUUUAAUUUAUGACAAUUUUGACAUAUAUCAAAUUUUAUUUAUUUUUCUAUUUCCCCAUCCCUAAUCUCUUUUAUUUUGUGGCUGGAUGUAUGCUAGUGUCUUUGUUUGAGUUCCACCUGUAAAUUACUUGGCUUCAAGAAACCUUUUCUUUUUUAUUUAUUUUUUGUCUUCUAUACUUUUUGAGUGGCUAGACAUGAAGCAAAUAAUGCUGAUGUUCCCAAUUGUACUUCUAUAUCAUUGAUGCUCCCAGUUUCACUUGUCCAGGGGAUGUUGGUGGGGAUGACAUUGGAUUUUGUAAGGCUGGUUCCUGUUGUCAUUUCUUUCAUUGAGCGUUUAUUAGGCUGCGAAAAGCAUCGGUGGUUGGGAGAACGCCUGCUUCAGAUGCUUGAUGAGUAUUUGCUUCUAAAAGUCAAAAUAGAUUAUAAAUUGGUUUCUUACUUCCCAAUAUUUGACAGAAUAGCCGAAAAUGAGGCAAUACCUCCUCAGAGAUUGGUAGACCUACUUACCAAGUUUAUGGUUUUCCUUGUUAAGAAACACGGGCCCAAUACAGGGCUGAAGUCAUGGUCGCAGGGAAGUAAAGUCCUUGGCAUUUGCCGAACUAUGCUGAUGCACCACCAUAGCUCUAGAUUGUUCCUUGGGUUAUCUCACCUUCUUGCAUUUACUUGUCUUUACUUCCCUGAUUUGGAGGUUCGAGACAAUGCCAGGAUCUACAUGCGGAUGCUAAUCUGUAUACCCGGAAUGAAGCUUAAAGGCAUACUAAACUUUGGGGAGCAAUUCCUUGGAAUUUCACCAUCUACAAAUUCAAGCUCUUUCUUCAAUGUUCUAUCUCCUCGACAUCAUCAGAAUUUCAAGAAAUCUAGGAGCAUCUCAUCCUGCAUUCAUCUGGAGCGUAUGUUGCCUUUGCUUGUUAAGCAAUCCUGGUCACUGUCCUUGUCGCCUUUGGAUAUUAGUUCCAGUAAACCUAGUUAUCUGGAAAGCAUUAUGGAUAGUGAACCACAGGUUGAUUUAAGGGAGCUAGAAGUUGGUACUAAUUUUCUAGCAACCUCAAGAAAUGAAAGAACUACUCCAUUACAGGAGCCAUUACGUGUAAUGGAUUCAAAGGUUUCACAGAUCUUAGGCGUAUUAAGGAGGCACUUCUCGUGUAUUCCUGAUUUUAGGCACAUGACAGGGCUCAAGGUUAGCAUAUCCUGCAGUUUGAAGUUUGAAUCUGACUCUUUCAAUCAGUUAUGCGGGAAUAGCUCUCCAACCAGUCGGUUAGAUGGAAUAGAUGCGCUUCCUGCUUUAUAUGCAACUGUGCUAAAAUUUUCAUCAUCAGCACCAUAUGGGUCCAUCCCACCAUAUCACAUACCUUUCCUUCUUGGUGAAGCCACCAAGAAAGAUCACAUCUCCAGCCCAGAAGUUUCACUAGACAUUGUUCCUGUGGAAAAUUAUUUUGAAGAAGAGGAAAACUAUAAAGCUCGCGUUACAGUUGAUCUAGAACCACGGGAACCUACUCCUGGUUUGGUUGAUGUUUUCAUUGAAACAAAUGUGGAAAAUGGCCAGAUAAUCCGUGGUCAGCUUCAAAGUAUCACAGUAGGUAUAGAAGACAUGUUUCACAAGGCUAUUGUCCCGUCUGACAUCUCAGAAGAUGCCAUGUCAGCAUAUUAUUCAGGAUUAUUUGAUGCUCUUUGGGAGGCAUGCGGUGCUUCCACCAACAUUGGACGUGAGACGUUCCCAUUAAAAGGAGGGAAAGGUGCUGCAGCAAUCAAUGGUACCCGAUCUGUCAAGCUUCUUGAGGUUCCUGCAGACUCUCUGAUUUGUGCCAUUGAGAAGUAUUUGACACCCUUUGUGGUUUGUGUGAUCGGAGAACAGCUUGUGAACAUGGUGAAGGAUAGGGGAAUCAUCAAAGACAUUGUAUGGAAAGCUGCUGCAUCAGAUUCUUUGGUCGAUAGCACUGCCUUAGUUACUACCGAGUUCAAUAAGGGUCCACUUCAUCUGACAUACUUCAAUGAUGAAUAUGAUAGAGAAACUCAGGUAAAUGGCUACAAAAGAAUCAUGGGUUGCUUUCUCGUGUUGAUAUUUCUUCCACCAAGGUUCCAUCUUCUUUUCCAAAUGGAAGUCUCUGAUCUAUCAACGUUGGUUCGAAUUAGGACUGAUCAUUGGCCAUGCUUAGCUUAUGUCGAUGGUUAUUUGGAGGCUUUAUUUUUGACAGAAAGGUGAUCUUACAGAGGAUGAAGUCUCAUCCAGAUGACCUCUUUUGCUGCUUCUGUAAGUUAAUUGCCAAUUGGUUCUUAUUCUUUCCCCAGAUUAUUUUAACAAAAAGGAGGGUAAUUUUUUUUAACACCCGACAAAUAAACUGUUGUGUAAAUGCCUCUGCAAGUGAGUUGCUUUUUGUUGUAUUCUUUCAAUGUAUCAAAAUUUUAAGAUACCCUUUUUGUUUUUUAUGGCCUUCCAUUUUCAUUUCUGUAGCAGAAACGUCCAAGUUUCUAGUUUGUGUAAAGCUAAUUCAUUGUAUCAGUUAUGUAUUUAUUGAUUAAUUGUUGUCAUUAUUAUUUUUA